UCGUUGCGUUCAUCGUUCACUAUUCAUGGAACAAGCCGGCCAAGCUCGACCUGCCGGUCUGCGGCACCCCCGGCGCCAAGAUCACCAAGGAAGACAUUGUUGGUGGCGCGCGCAAGUACCCGGAUCAGCCUUUUAUUCUGCCCAUGGAGCCUCCCAUUGUCGUCCUACCCAUUAAGAUCCAAGACGAGGUCCGCAACCUGCCUGAGAGCGUAGUGUCCUUCACAAAGGAGCACCAGCGCAACUUCUUCGCCCAUUACACUGGCAUCGGCGACCACCGCCCAGAAAUGAUCCAGGCUGUCCGCGUGGAUCUUACACGUCACAUUGUCAGCACUUUGCCUGAUCUCCAGGAUGAGGUCCGCUACUCCUUCGACAAGGAAUCCGGUCCCUGCAAGGACUGGACACCCUUCCCUCUGUAUAUGAAGGUCCUUCGCAUCGUCGCCCUUUUAAGUGGUCGUGUCUUCGUUGGUCGCCCUCUCAGUCGUGAGGAAGAGUGGAUGCAGUCGACUAUCAACUACACGAUAGACUGCGUCAAAGCUCGCAAUGCUGUUCGCGACUACCCUCAAUGGAAGCGCCCCUGGGUGACCUCCUCAUUGCCUGAGAUUAAGAAGCUGACUCACCACCGGACUCGCGGUGGUGAGAUGCUGGCACCCAUUAUGCAGGCCCAACUGGCAAAGGAGUCGGUCAAAGAGAAGCUUCGCAACGAAGAGACUGGCGACGAAGAAGGCAACUUCAUUGAAUGGCUCCUCAAGUACACGCCCGAGCAUCUUCGCAACGACCCCGAAAACCUGGCUCUCAACCAAAUGGUCUUGUCCUUCGCCGCCGUCCACACCUCGUCCAUGGCCACUACCCACGCCAUUCUCGACCUGGUCACCAAGCCUGAAUACUUCAAGCCCCUGCGUGCAGAGAUUGAGGAGAUUCGCAAGACCGACGGUGAAAUUAUCGAUGAAGAAGGGUACAUUCGUCUCAAGAAGGACAGCAUCAACAAGCUGCGUAAGCUGGAUAGCUUCAUGAAGGAAUCUCAGCGCUUCAACCCUCCCAUCUACACCUCGGGUACACGCAUCUGCACCGCUGACUUGCAGCUCUCUACUGGUCACAAGCUCCCCAAGGGCACCCGUAUCUGUUUCCCUUCGUACGAUGUCCACACCAACCCCAAGACUACUACUUACUCGCCUGAGUACAACCCACCUGACUAUGUCGACCCUGAGAAGUUCGACGGCAUGCGCUUCUACAAGCUCCGCAACAUGCCUGGUAAGGAGGCUCGUCACCAGUUCGCCACAGCUGGUCCCGAGUCGCUUGUGUUCGGCUACGGAAACCAUACCUGCCCUGGGCGCUUCUUCGCUGCCAAUGAAAUCAAAAUCAUCUUGAUCGAGCUUCUCAUGAACUGGGAUAUCCGCCUCAAGGGUGACAUCGAGCAAAAGGGAGGGCCUAGGCCACCAAACAUGGAGGUCGAUCUUGUCAUCACCCCCAACCCUAUGGCGAUGGUAGAGAUGAAGAGGAGAAGGGGGGCUUAGGUGAAUAUCGAAAGUGUAAAGUAGGAAGGA